GCAUCAUUUUCUUUCAUCUUGAUCUUUCACAAAGUUUCGGGGUGUCGCUGUCACUGUUUGAACUUUUUGUAUUAUGAUAUUUAUCUUUUAGAUUGAGUGAUUGUAAAACAAAUUAUAAAGAAAAUGUCUACCGUCGCUAGUGCUUUAACUGUAGCAGGUUCUCGGAGCUCAGGGACACCCGUAAGAACUCAAAAUGUUAUGGCUGCUUGUGCUAUCGCCAACAUUGUCAAAAGUUCCCUAGGCCCUGUGGGUUUGGAUAAAAUGCUGGUGGAUGAUAUUGGAGAUGUUGUGGUAACGAACGAUGGAGCAACUAUUUUAAAACUAUUAGAAGUUGAACACCCAGCAACAAAAGUCCUGGUAGAGCUUGCUCAGCUUCAAGAUGAGGAAGUUGGAGAUGGAACAACUUCAGUGGUCAUUAUUGCAGCUGAAUUACUGAGAAGUGCUGAUGACCUAGUCAAGCAAAAAAUUCAUCCCACCUCAAUCAUCAGUGGAUAUCGAUUGGCUUGCAAGGAAGCCUGCAAGUAUAUUCAAGCCCACCUAACACUGAACAUAGAUGAAAUUGGAAGAGAAUCUUUGGUGAAUGCCGCAAAAACAUCAAUGUCCAGCAAGUUGAUUGGAGCUGACGAUGAAUUCUUUUCUAAUAUGGUUGUUGAUGCCGCAAAUGCUGUCAAAAUAUCAGAUGGAAAAGGUGGUUCAUUGUAUCCUAUCAAUGCUGUCAACGUCCUCAAGUCGCACGGCAAGAGUGCAAGAGAAAGUCUUUUGAUUCAAGGUUACGCUCUAAAUUGUACGGUAGCAUCACAAGCCAUGCCAAAGAGAAUAGUGAAUGCCAAAAUAGCCUGCCUAGACUUCUCCCUCCAGAAAGCAAAGAUGAAGCUUGGAGUUCAAGUACUCAUCACCGACCCUGAAAAGCUUGAUGCUAUUCGCCAACGAGAGUUAGAUAUAACUAAAGAAAGGAUUCAGAAGAUCUUAGCGACUGGUGUUAAUGUUGUCCUGUGCACAGGAGGCAUUGAUGAUUUAUGUUUGAAGUAUUUUAUUGAGGCUGGAGCAAUGGCUGUGCGUCGUGUCAAGAAGUCAGAUUUGAAGAGGUUGGCUAAAGCUACAGGUGCUGCGUAUUUAACAUCUUUGACAAACAUGGAGGGCGAAGAAACUUUCGAAUCCAGUUCUGUCGGUGAUGCUGCAGAAGUUGUUCAAGAGAGAAUAAGUGACGACGAAUUAAUCAUCAUCAGAGGACCCAAAGCUCGCACAGCUAGCUCGAUCAUACUUCGUGGACCUAAUGAGUUCUAUCUUGAUGAAAUGGAACGUUCUGUGCAUGAUGCCCUCUGUGUAGUCAAGCGUGUCCUAGAAUCUAAAUCUGUUGUUGUCGGAGGUGGUGCUGUUGAGGCAGCCCUAUCCAUAUAUCUUGAAAACUUUGCUACAUCCUUAGGAUCUCGAGAACAGUUGGCCAUCGCUGAGUUUGCCAAAUCUCUCUUGGUUAUUCCAAAAACUUUGGCUGUAAAUGCUGCUCAAGAUGCAACAGAUUUAGUAGCUAAACUGCGAGCUUUUCACAAUACUAGCCAGACCCAAAAAGGUCAUGAAGAAUUUAAAUGGAUUGGUCUAGACCUCUUCAGUGGAACUGUCAGGGAUAACAAGAAGGCUGGUGUUUUAGAACCUGCUGUCUCAAAGAUAAAAUCUCUUAAAUUUGCCACGGAGGCAGCCAUUACUAUCCUACGAAUUGAUGAUAUGAUUAAAUUAGACCCCGAAAGGAAAGAAGGUUCUGGUUAUGGCAACGCCUAUGCCAGUGGACAGUUAGACGGUUGAUUCAGAGGUGUGAAAUUUUUCACAAUUAAUUUGAGUAUUUCCUCCUAAGUUAACUUAUUUUAAAUAAUCAAUCUAUCUUUCAUAAAGAGCAGUUUGUGUAUUUACUUUUUUCAAUUGCCUUGCAACUAACACAUUUUCACUUGAUGUGAUUAUUUUCGUACUCAUUUUCUUCUUCACUCUAGGUUUGAACUCUUAAUUCAUUCUUAAAUAAUUGCAAUCAUGUUGCAUGACAGUCCUCACCUUUUUGUUGAAAGUUAUCAACCUCAAUGAAAAUCACGCGCUUAACUAAUUUGAUCAAAAGCUGUUUUGUAUUUUUUUACUGGAUGUAAUAUACCUAUUUGAGUUUACACCAUAAA